CAGGCCACCGCCAAGGCAGCCAAGGCGGAUACCACUCCUUCCCUUUCUUCUCACCUUUGCUCUUAGCAGCUUACUCAACCCUCUGAUACCUCAUCCGACAUGCCACGAACAAAGCGCUCCAAGCUGGUGUCCCUGACAAGGACUUCCAGGAAGACAAAGGAAGACAAGUCGACCCUGAUCGACUCCCUCCGAGCCGCCUCGGAUGAAUUCGCCUACGUAUGGCUCUUCUCAAUCGGAAACAUGAGGAACAACUACCUCAAGGAGGUCAGGAAUCUUUGGGCAGGAAGCAGGAUCUUCUUUGGAAAGAACAGAGUCAUGGCAAAGGCAUUGGGAGAGACUACGGAGCAUGAGCUCAAGAAGGGCUUGGCAGGCAUUUCUCAGCGCUUGUCCGGCUCUGUAGGCCUCCUGUUCACCGACUCGCCCCCUGCAGAGGUAGCAGACUGGUUUGACACCCACGAGAGGAAAGACUAUGCUCGCACUGGCAACCUGGCAACAGAGAGCGUCACUCUCCCCGAAGGACCCAUCAUGGCCCGCUCUGAGCCUCCUGAGACAUUGGCAGGUCCUCUUGAGCCUCAGCUGAGGAAGCUGGGCAUGCCUACAGAGCUCAAGAGGGGAGUGCCUACACUGAGGCAAGAGUUUGUGGUCUGCAAGGAGGGCAAGAGGAUCGAUACCAAUUCCGCCCAAAUCCUCAAGCAUCUUCUUAUCCAGCAAGCUUCAUUCAGGAUCGUACCUCUGGCUUACUACGAUGGUGCCAAGGAGAGCGUGACGGAGCUGAGCCUGACACCAGAGCAACAGCUGCUGGUGCAGCAGGCUAAUGGCAAGGACGACGAGGCUGUACCAGGAGAGCGGAAGAGCGCUAGGGUGAAGAAGCCGAAUGCUGCCAGGAAAGAGGGACAAGCAGCAGCCAAGGCCGACGCAGUGGCCAUGGAUGAGGACGAGGACGAGGAUGACGAAGAUGACGAUGGAGAGAGUCUGGACGAGACGGGAGGUGAUAAGGUGACGGAUUCCAUGAUGCUCCCGGCUCAUCUUCGUUGA